AUGAAUGUUGCAUGCGAUAUAACCGUGAGAGACUGUUUUACACCGAAGAAGCUGAGAGUGGGAACUCCGAUGUCUACAUCAGGACCUUUGAAUAAUGAAGCUCUUACAGAAGAAGACAUUGAUUGUAUACACAGUAGAGAGAACAAAAAUUUUGAGUUGAUUGAUUUGGAUGAAUUACAUGUGAGGUUGCUUAAAGGAACAAAAAUUCCAUUGUCGGUUUCAAUGUCUGGUCCAAUAGUUGUACCAGAAAAUUUUGGGAUUGUUUAUCCAAACACAAUUUUCCGUUCAUCGUGUCCCAACCCGAUGAAUUUUCCUUUCCUUGAAUCUCUGUGCAUCCGUACCAUUGUCUCUUUGCGUCAAGAAGAAUAUUCAGAGCAAGAACUUGCAUACAUGGCUAGCAAGAGUAUAAAAUAUUAUCACUUUGGAAUGCCAGGGAGCAAAUAUCGAAAACAGGACUCGACAUCAAAAGGAGAACAAAGUGAUUUAAAGGAUAUUGAUCUUUUAGUCAGGAAAUCGCUUUGUGUUAUAUUAAAUAAAGAAUUUUGGCCAGUGCUAGUUCAUUGCAGCGGGGGCAAGCAUCGUACUGGAAUCGUGAUAGGCUGUCUUCGUGCACUUAUGAGUUGGUCUGCGCAGGAUAGUAUUGACGAAUACGUUUCUUAUUCUUAUCCAAAAGAACGAGAAAUAGAUAAAGAGUACAUUCGAGACUUUGCCGCCGAUUCUACCCUUGUAAAAUCAGCUGAUGAAUUAAAAAAAAAAUAUCCAAAAUAA